GCAGAAACAAAAAACCUGUUAAAGUGAAAUCGACCAUUAAAGAUCGCAAACGAUUAAGCAAUUACAGAAUAUUGAAUCGGUAGCUAGUAGCUAGAUUGAAUCAUCAGAUUGGAAAGAAACACCCGGAUUAAAAACUGGAAAGUUGAGUUGAGCAGAGCGCGUAACAACAUGUGGAGAGCUGCCUUUAACAACAGGUGUCUGUAAGACAUUUCCUUCUCUCAGAGCAUUUUCACGCAAUUUCAACCCGAACGUCGGAAGAAUAAUGGAAAUACCCCGUUUUUCUCUCAACAUGUCGUAGAUCUUAAAACGAUACGAAAACGCAAUAAACUGGAGUUAUUUUUUUUUUGUGCGCUCCCGUGAGGACUUGCGCUCGGAGAUGCGUUAACUUUUCUGGAUAUAAUACAUAAACAUUGUAUUUAUUGAUGUUGAUUCCUUUAUUAUUAUUAUUAUUAUUAUUUAUUUAUUUUUUUUGCACUUCAAAUGAAUUAAGCGACAUAUCUCAGAUGUUGAUUCUGAACGAAUGCUUUCGGUUUUUUUUGCGCUGGAUCUCCACCACCUGAUCUUUUUCUAGCCCAUGAGAGUCUGUCUCCUCUUCUCCAACGUCUCCUGACUGACUGGAUUGAUUAGGAAUACAAGUAGCUCUUGAGAUGGACACUCAACUGGUAUAUUAAUAAUGACACAAUAAUGUCACAUUGAGAUCGCUGAACUGAUAACCUGGGCUCGGCUGAAAGUCUGAACUGGUGGACGAUGAAGACAGUUUCAUAUAUUCUUGCUGUACUGAUCAUCUGGAACUCAGCAGCCUGUGUAAGUGGAGAACAAGAACACUUUCUAGUGCCCCCUGAGUCCCCCUGGGCCAUACAGUCUGUGGCAGAGGAGGAAACACGCUUACCCUGUCGAUUCAAUGUAUCCAACAGUGAGAUCCAGGUGGUGCAGGUGACGUGGGUACGAGAAAACUCAAAUGGAGGGGAAGAUCAGAUUAUCACUGCUCAUUACACUAAUGGCCAGACAGAAAACCCUGCAUACUUGGGACGUGUACGAUUUGCAACCAGCGACCCAAUAAGAGACUCUACUCUGAUUAUUAUGGGCACACGUACUAUAGAUGAGGGCAAAUACAUCUGCAAAGUUGCCACCUUCCCCACUGGAAACUUUGAGACCAAGAUUUUGGUCACUGUGUGGACUAAACCCAUUACGUCGCUGCAGCCGUUCGUCCUGGUUGAGGACCAGUCGUUCCGUCCUGCAGCUAUAUGCCGUUCGGUGGCUAAGCCGAUGGCAGGCCUCUCCUGGGACACAGAGCUCGCGGGACAGAGUCAGAACCGUAGCAUAGAUGGUGAGGUGGCCUCUAUCCAGUUUUCUCUCCACCCUCUCCGUAAUAUGAACGGACAGAAGCUGGACUGUCUGGUCUGGCAUCCAUCGCAGAAAAGCCCAGAGAGGAUCUCCAAUAACCUCGUAGUACACUACCCUCCGAAUGCAUUAAUAUCUGGCUAUGAGAACGACUGGUAUGCUGAUAUGCAAGGAGCCGCGCUGCACUGCAUUGGUCAAGGAAAUCCAGAGCCUAAGCAAUUCAACUGGAUGAGGAAAGGUGAAGCUUUGCCAGAGGGUGUGACUGUGGAUGGUGACAGGCUGCUCUUUUCCAGGCCCCUGAGCUUGACAGAUAAGGGAGAUUAUGUCUGCACCACCACCAAUCUGGUGGGAUCUGGAAAAGCUGAGAUUGUAAUAAAUAUAUUAGGUGUGUGUCCCACAGUGAACUACAUGCUCAUUAUUGUUAUUGCUGGUGUUGCUGCAGUGGUUGUUGUCACUUUUAUCAUCGUGAUCAUUUCAGUAAACCGCUACUAUAAGCGCAAAAAUCAACAGCUUGCUACAGAGCUGGAUGCAAAAAAGGAGGAAAUCAGCACCCUAUCAAGACAAGCCUCGAUUAGGAGAGUCAACUCGGGAAGCACAGACAACAGAUACUCGGACGACAAUAAUCAUUUAAGAGUCGAAGGGACAAUACGCACAAGUCUCUCCUCACUGGAUCGUCCUCGCUCCAGGGAUAGUCGUUCCACCCUGGGAGGGCUGGACUCACUCGGUCGCCCUGUAAUUUAUAACACAUCCAGAAGAGGUCGAGAAAAACUCAUGGACCGAGCUGAAAGAGAAUCCACUCGGCUGAUGAUGGAGUCUUAUGAGCUGGACAGUAACAUGUCACAGGCGAUUGAAAUUGUCCGGUCCCGGAACGGCAGCGCCAUUCUCCCAGCAGAGGGGAGGCCGCAGUCUGGAGGAAGUAGCAGAGGAGGCAGCAGAGGCCAUAAUUCGCCCUUAAUAUCCACAUACCCUGCUCUUACAGAUGAGGAGGAAGAAAGUUCUGUGAGUCCUGCGGAUUCAGGAGUCCACAGAGGUUUAAUGGAGCCUGACGGUUUUGAAAACGGCAGCAGCGAGACGGCGAGUUCACAGAUAUCUGAGGCACUAUUCAGUCAUUUUGAAAACACUAAUGGCAUACUGCGGCCCAAGUCCAAACCCAAUAACAUCCUUCUUCCGGCUCACACAACACUUUUCCUUCAAGCACAUAGCCCACCUAUCCACAGAGCUCAGAUCGUUUAGAGGACUUGUUUAAAAACAUCUUUAUCACAAGACAAAUUCAUUGCAAAAACAGAUAAACACAGUUGAUAUUACAACAGAAGAAUUUGUGCCUCUGUGAUUUCGCUCUCUAAAAGGCUGUGUCUGGACAACUAACCUUAAAAUGGAUCUUUGGUUUGAACUUUUAUGAAUACUUACUCAAGGUGGCAAAAACAUGGACCAAAUGGCCAUCAUUUAAACGAAACCAGCAUUGCUCAAAUAAUUGCAUAAUCCACUGUGUAUUCUGGAACUGGGACGCUUGAGUAUUAUGGGUCACAACAUGUGUUUCAGGUACAGAUUAACUGGAAUCCGCUAGAGUUGAGCUCCUCUGUGUGACCAGGGAAUGGAAUUAAGAUCUUUUUUUUAUUAUUAUUGCAACCUAAGGCUUCACUUGAAUUACUGUUGAUGGAGAAAAUACUACAUGAACUCUUCACUGUGACUUAUUGACCUUGAUGUAUGUAAUCCAGAGAUGUACAAAUGGUAUUUAGACAUAUUCUUUUUGAAUAUAUGUGUGUAUUAUGUAUUUUGCCUGGAAACUAGCCACUGCAUGAAUAGUAUUAUGAAGUAUGGCAUUACCAUGUUAUGAAACUCCUGCAUGUUCACAUAAUGUCAUUGUCGUUGUAGGAGUGCAUUGUCAUUGUUUACAACAUUUAUACUUCAUUAUGUACUAGAAAAUGUAUGUAGUUUUAAUAAGGUAGUAUUUCCGCAAGCUCUUGUGAUCUUUUUGUCUAACAAAAUAUAAAGCCAUGGGUCCUGAUGGUAA